AUGGCAUAUGAUGCUGCUGCUGAAUACGGUUUUCACGCUGUUAAUGAUGAUGAUAUUGGUGAUGAAACUGAGGAUGAAUAUUUCGAAUAUGACUUGGAUGUUGAUGAUGAUGAUGAUGAUUGCAAUGCUGAUGCCUCGGAUGAUGAUGAUUCGGAGUAUAAUGAUUCAGAGGGUGAUGAUGAUGACGAUGAUCAGCCCGAUAAUGAUGUUUACGAUAACGAUCCAAAUGAUGCCGAUGAUGACUCGGUUGAUGACGAUCAUGAUGAUGAUGAUGAUGAUGACCAUGAUUGGGAUGCUGCUGAUUCAUCCGUGGCUAAAAGUGCCAUGCUGAAACUGACCGAUUUGGCUUACUGUGUGGUCAGUGAAGCAUGUGGACAAACCACAAUGGUGUUUCUGUGGUGUACCAGAUCGGGUGGGGAGCACACCUGGCCUGGGGCCCGUCGAUCAACGCUGGCAAAUGCCGUCCAUCAAAUCAGUUGUUUUCCGUGCUCUCUGAAGCGUGUAUCACAGGCAGAGUAUGGGGCAGUGCUGAAAUUCUCUGGGGACAUCGUGUUCGUGUCCGCGUGA